CCAAAUUGUCCUGUAUGUGUGAGGUUAUAUAUAUAGAUGGCCGUCUAUCAUAUUGUUGUGCGACUGAGUUUCUAGGGUUUUGAGGCUGCUGCGUUCCCCAUCUUCCCCAAUCUCCGAGGAGCAAAUCGACGAUCAUGGGUCACUCUAAUGUCUGGAAUUCUCACCCCAAAACCUACGGUCCUGGCUCUCGCACCUGCCGUGUGUGUGGGAACCCUCAUGGAUUGAUCAGGAAGUACGGACUUAUGUGUUGCAGGCAGUGCUUCCGUAGCAAUGCCAAGGAAAUUGGCUUCAUUAAGUAUCGCUAAAACAAUUGAAGUCCUUUUUGGUGUUGCAGUACUGCUGAAGGAUCAGCAUCUAUCUGUCCACUGUUUUAGAUUAUUGCAUUGGGAAUUAUAAUGAUGCCAGGAUGUUUUAAUUUUUGAAGAACUUGUUAAUUUUGUGGGAUUUAGUUAAGUCAAUUAUAAAACUUGAGUUUUGAAAUUGAAGUAUAUUUGUGUUGUUAAUGUCAUUUUCUCUUUAUCCAGCUAUAGAAUUAUAAAUUGAAUGUGGCGUC